AUACCACGAAUUGAACCAUAUUUUACCACAAAUACACAUUUCCCCCACACAACAAAAAAAAAAAAAAAAAGCAAUAUGAAAAAAACAAAUAGGUUUAUGGUAGUGGCAACAUUCAUAGCAUGUGUGUUCAUAAGCAGCAUGAACAUGACGGUUGGAAAAGUAAUUGGGUAUCCAGGAUUGAGACCUGAUCUCCCUUGUGAUCAUCAUCAGUAUCCUUCUGCAUGUGCUCCAUCCGAACAACCGGUGAAUCCGUACAAACGGGGAUGUGAACUAAUACAUAGAUGUAGACGUGAUCCACCUCCACCCAUUUCUAGAAAAAUGUUAAUACAAGCUCAAUUUAUUUAUAAUAAUGCAUAUAACCAAUCCCCAUGAAUAAUAAAUCUAUGGGUUUGGUUGUGUUUAAGCCAUGUUAUUUUCUAUAUCUAUACAGCCUUAGCUUAAUAAUUUCCAGUGUGUAUCAUUGUAUUACAUUUACAAUAUACAAUUGAUGAAAUCAUGUUUAUCAUUCAGUUUUGUUCGAUUUUAGUUCCUUCGUAUUAAUGAGAAAAUAAAAAUAAAGAAUCAAACUG